UUAUUGUUUUUUAUUUUAUUGUUUUUAUUUUUAUGGUUAAUUUCAAACUGCGUCCAGAUUAUGUGUUUAUUUUUAUGCCCACCUAUGGUUUAACCGGAGCAACAAUUUCUUUUUUCCUAUAUUGCAACACGUUAUAUAAAAAUAUGUUUAUACAAUUGCUAUGGCAGCCUGGUGGGAAUUUGAGCUACUUACUUUUACAGGUUAGGCAUUCAAGUACGACAUGGCAUAGCGCAAAAGUGAUGAAAUCGAUUCUCUAUUGAUCGGAAUUUGACUUAUUUCCCUCUCAUGUAAUUUGCCAUAAUGACCGCUAGAUGGAAACCUUGGUCAUACCAGCGAAGAGCGUGAGCAUUACAAACAUUAUUGUAUUCAGUUACUAUGUAACCUCGUAGAUUUUCUUUGUAAACAUUCUUUCCUCUUUACUGCUGCAAUUUGACUUUAUAAGAGUAACGGUGAUGUGUGUCUUGACCGGUUUCAUCCGGUUUUAGUAGCUGAAUGGCAAUUAUUAAUAUUGAAUAUUAGGAUAACACUCUGGGGUAACAUUGGAGAAUUUAACUUAAAUGGUUUGAAGUGGAUAUUUAGCUGAAAUCUGACAUCAGUGCAUCCAGUCAUGCCACACUAUGACUCCCUCCUUUAUUAAAAGCAAUUUACAUGCAGCAAAUGCUUAAGCCUUAUAUGGACCUUGGUCUGCAAUAAAGGGGCCAGUUUAAUGGGCAAGUGCAGGGACACACCACAGAUCCUGCUGCUAUGGAUACAAAAGGGGCCGUCCCAGCAACUGAAAAAGGCAGGACCUGAGCGGGGAGGUGCAGGAGAGAGUGAACCACUCAUAUUCAAAAAGAGGGACUGAGGGGCAGAGUGCUGAGAGCACAGGUAGUCAGUGGCUGAAGCUCAACUUCUAGGCACCAGAUGGAAAGUUCUCCCAAAGAGGCCCCCGGCAGCUGUGGAGGGCUGCAUCACAUGCCGUUCCUGAGUCGUCAGGCCAGGGCCAAAGGCGGCAUUGAUGGGCCAUGGGGCUGCCCCGAGGAAGUCUCGCACCACGUCCGCUCAGGCUGAAGAUCAGCAGGAGGAGAGUCGGGCUGGUCAUCCUCUUCUGGUUCGGGUCAUGGUUGCUGCUCAACGGGCUGCUCUUCAUCCACAAGACCUUGCUGUCCGACAUCUGCACAGAUGACCGGAGUCGCAGGAUCCUCCAGAGACUGUGUGAGGAGUACAGGCGGGGUAUCCUGACGGGCAACCUCUGCCACGACCUCUGCGUCAGCCGUACCCUGGAGUACGAGCGCUGCCUUUACUACGAGAGCGGCAAGAAGGUGAUGAAAGCUGACUGGCGGGGCGUGCCCGUCGUGCUCAAGUCCAAGCUGGAGAACUUCUCCUCCUACGAGAACUUCAGCUUGCUGGAGUACCAGGACGCUCCAGAACUUUUACCCAUGGACAUAGUCCUCUACGCCACCCUCGAGAUGAAGAACUCCCUUGGUCUGGAGGUGAAGAGCAGCACUGUGCCCCAGUUGUGGGCCCGCCGCCUCAGAGGGCGUCAGCAGAAGGUCACUCGGGCUGAGCUGGCCUCCCUCUGGUCUCUCCUGCAGCAGGAGGAGUACACCUUCUUCAGGGUGCUCCAGGAUCUCAGCCAGCAUGUGGUAAAGGUUCUGGGCUCGUGCGGCCAUUUCUAUGCGGUGGAGUAUCUCAUCGCCGGCCAGGCUAGGAUGCAGCAUCUCUUUGCCCUGGAGGAGCUUCUGGAGCUGCCCUGGGGGAGGAAGGGGGCCUCAGGCAGACGCAUGGUGCUCCACAUCGCCCUCAGCUUCAUGGACAUGAUCAGGCAUUUUGAGGACGACUUCACCCAUCGCCUCCACCUCUGUGACGUCAAGCCAGAGAACUUCGCAGUCCGGAAGGACCUCACGGUUGUGGCCAUCGAUGCAGACCUGGCUUUUUUCGAGCCCAAGAUGCAAGCCAUUCUGGAGCAGAAUUGCACCAGCAAUGACGACUGUGUCUUCUUCGACUGCAGCUCAAGGUGUGACGUGAGGAGACACAGAUGUGGCUCAGAGCGCAUAAACAGCAACCUUCAGGUGAUAUGUGACAAGAUAUUUAGUUACUGGUUCCCCACCGCGUACCUGGGCGGCAGGGCAGGGCACCCCCUGGAGGUGAAGCUGAGACAUACUGUGCAGGAGUGUGCCAUGGGGGCAGGUGGCCGGGCUGUGCAGGAGCGCCUGCUGAGGCUCCUCACCCAGCUCCUGCAGGACAGCACGGGGACACCAGCACGGGGACACCAGCACGGGGACACCAGCACGGGGACACCAGCGCACGUUGAGCGACACCGAGCAAACGGCGGCUGAUUAAACAGGCCCGAUGUGUGCUUCUGAUACAGCAGCAGUGCAGGAAAGUACUGAACGGGGAUGACCCAUGAAUAGACUGAAUUUUAUGCAUUUUCCCUUAUUAUUUUAAGAGAAAAGUGAUUUGCAUUUAUUACACAAAAACUACCAAAAAUGAAUAUUCAUAAUAUCAUGACUUAUUGCAACCCCUAAUUUUAUUUAAAAAAUAAAUAAAUAAAUAACUACUUUUGCUGAUGAGCAUUCGUUUUAUAUAUAUUUUCUCAUAUAAAAUACAUCAUGGUGAAUGAUUUCUGCAUAGUAAUAGAGAUGAUGUUAUACUGUAUGAGAACAGUAGCAUGAAUAGUCAUCCCUGCCCUGUCUGCUGUUUCCAUGGAAGGAAAAGGUUGUACAGACAGGAGGGGAGCUGUGAUAUUAGACAGGCCUCCGUCCAGAGACUCAGCUCUCUAUGACUCUAUAUUGUGAAGAGCAGUGAUGUCUCUACAAACCAGCCCUGAUGGAGACCAGCGACACUGUGUGUCUCCCCUCCUAUAGGGAACGUUGGACCUGUAUGCCUCUGGGUGGCUAUAGUUAGGUAGAGUAAGCGAAAGUCAUCAUUUAUGGGGUUGUUGAUAUAAUGAGCGAUACAGACGCACAACAUCACACACGCAUGCGGCUGACAACAUCCGCACUGUCAGAAAAGAAGAGUAUCAGUUUGUACCUUUGCUUGUCACUGGGGCUGA